GUUUGGUGAAAGCCGGUGUGUUAUGCGUGCUGAAUAGUGAAUAGUAAGCCUGUACUUAAGCCGACUUGGAUGGUUACUGGAGCGUUAUGUGAUACUCACUUUAAGCAAGUCUGCCUCAUUUAUCGGUAGAGACUGCACAAAGUCACGACUUUCGUUGAAUUGUAGUAUAAACGUAUCCCGUGCGACUGUGUAGUUUCAGAAAAGCAGCGAACAUGCUGGUUAGCGCGGCUGCGCUGCUAGUCAUGUACUCGCUGCUAUUAUGCCCAUCAAGGGCACAGGAUGAUACUUUGGAGUUAUGGAUAGAGGGACACGAAAUGCGAAAGAUUUCAGGCGCAACAACGGAUCUUCAACUGGUGACUAAAGGCAGAUCUAGACACUUUCUUACCAGUGAAUCACAGCUGACUUUACCGGAACACAAGGAUUCCCUUCGGUUUAAAUGGCAGGCUCCUCCAGGGUAUAAAUAUUCCAUCGAUCAGCUGAUGACCUCUGGCGACAGCGGGCUAUCAUCGCCAUACCUCAGUAUACCACACGCCGGAGAAGUUCCUCACGUUGAAUCGGAAUUUCAGCUGUGGCUCCCCUGUGAAGAUAGUGAUGGUGACAUGAAGUCAGUCUACAUGAGCCUCAUCUUUACCAACCCUGACGUCAGUCAUCGUCACUUCAAACCCGUUACCAUGCUCAUCAAUAAACGCUGCAAUCUCGGCACGGCUAUACCAUGCAGACAUACUUGCGAAAAUGGAGGAUCUUGUGGGAAGUACGGUGUAUGUGAGUGCAGCGAAGGGUAUUAUGGACCAGCGUGUAAACAAGUUCUCUGUGUGCCUCAUUGUUAUAAUAGUGGAACUUGUAUCAAACCAGGGGUCUGCGCAUGCGCUGAAGGAUUCAGCGGGAAAAUAUGUGAGAAAGCUUCUUGUAAGAAAAACUGUAGCAACCAUGGUCGCUGUAUAGGACCAGACAAAUGCGUAUGCCAUAAACAGUGGACAGGAAAAUAUUGCCAAAAACGAUUAACAAGUGAGGUUUAUGCAAAGUUCUACAAAAUGACUCGAGCAAAAAGAAAAUCUACGAAAACAGCGAAGACAGCCGUUGAAAAUAAAUGAAUUAUGAUUUUGGAAACUAUGACUGUAGGCCUACCAUCAGACAAUUGUAGUGUCUGUCGCGUGAUGUAACUAUGGAAACAACUAACCGGUUCUCGAGAGACUAAACAUUUGGAUUGAAUUUUGUUAUAAUCCUAUCACGGACUCUUAGAUUUAGUAACCAACGACGUCAUCUUUCAGAAUAUUUUUGUUUAAACUGGUGUCUGAAUAUAAUAUUUUAAAAUAAAUAAGUUUAAAGCAUUUCUACGUAAGACGGGCAUAGUAUUGCGCCAAUAGACGAUCUGUGAGCCGGUCGCCGUCUGCUGACUUCCAGACUGAGCGAAGCGUCAUUAAAAAAAAAAUCGAUCCGUUGCGCACGAAUCGUCGCGUUGCGUUCUCUAUGUGAUUGCGUCGGAUGACGACCGUCGGCGCAAUAUGCGCAUCUUUGAAGCAUUGAGGACAUGAGCAUGCCUACACAGAUAAGCAGCAUCUAGAGUAUGAAUUGGCAAUGCAAUUUUAAAUUUAGUUUGUUUCACAUGAGCAUGCUACAGACGCAAACGCGACGCACGUUUGUUACGCGUUAAAUAUCAAGUGGUUCGUACUGGAUGCGUUCCGUUUCACGCGUUUAUGUCAAAAACAUGUCCAUGUGGAACCAGCUUUAAAACAUAAUGUAUGGAGCAGUUUGUAAUAAAUGCGUUAUGAUACACACUGGUACGGUACCAUGACGCAUUUCGGCAGAGGAGAGAUACUGUAUGUUUUAGCAGGCCUACAGAUACUAUCAUAAUAAUUCGUGUUGUAACCGUACUAUUUUUUUAAUGUAUUUGUUUAUAUUGUAUUAGAUGAUUAAUAAAAUAAUUGUAUUUGAUGAAUACUGAAUGACAGAGAACUCUUUUAAAAUUAAUAUUUCUGCAUAAUAACUUAGUUGUUCUUCACUUUAACAGAACUUUGUGUAUGGUGAGUUUAUUCAUAAUUCAAAAGAUCGUCAUUCGAAAAAAAAAACACCAGUACUAAUAGAGUAACUGAGAAAAUAUAAUUGUUGAAAUAAGAAAACUAUUUAUUCAUUUCUAAACUGUUAUUGUCUACAGUGAAUGCAUUAUACUAGCCUAAUCUUUGUCGAUUAAAUCACGAUGUGAACUUUUCGUGGAUAUGUGUUAGGCCAGAAGUGUUGAGAAAUGGACGCACGGAGGUGUGCGCGGGUCAUAAUCACUACACCGGGCGCAUUGAAUCAAGGGUUUGAAAUCCACGACAAUGUUGUAUAUACGUGUGUAUCUAUAUGUAUGUAUUAGCUGGUAAAGGAUACUUUGUUGUCAAAAGUGUCUGAGCAAAAUGAUCUUUUAUUUUGGUCGGAGGUGUAUGUCAGCAUGAAUGAACAGUUAUUCACUGGGCCUACCCGGUAAACUGGUUAAUUCCAAUUAUAAGUAAAAUUAGCAGUUAAAUCAUUUUCUAGUUUUUCUUUUCUUAUUUCUGAAAUAAAAUAGAAUUGAUUGAUAGCUAACUCGCAAUUACGAAGGUAAAAUCUAACCAGUUUUAUACGAAGAGGUCUAGUAUAUAUACGGUACUUUUUUGUGUACGUGUAGAUCUCUUGACAGGAAGGUCUGAGUGCUAUGAUAGUUUUUCAUCUCAAAAUGUUUAGAUAUCUAUUGAUCUAGCCUUACGAAUUUAUAACAUUAUUUUUAUCAAAUUGAAUCCUAUCACAGUGUGUGGUUUAUCAAGAAGAUAUCGUUUGAAACCAUUAAAAUGUUUGAAAAUUA